GAGAGAGAGAGAGAGGAGCAUAUGUUUGGUUCCAUUCUCAUUCUCGUUAGUCAUUCCCACUCCCACCACCAAAAAGCGCUCUCUCUCUCUCUCUCUCCCUCCCCUGCUCCUCCAAGGGUUUCAAUUCAAUGAUAUAGCAUUUGGUAUAACUGAUCGCAUUCCCGGUUGGUUGCUUUGUUUGUUUGCUUGCUUGCGCGGAGGAAGAAAUCAACCAAUCAAUCCUUAAUCUGAUGGGGAAUUGCAUCGGGGAUGCCAAGAAAUCGGCGGCCGAGAUCGCGCCAUCGGAGAUGAUUAAAAAGUCACCCAACAAACCGCUGAUCAAGCUCUACGGUCCGCCCAACACCUUCGCCACUUCCCACAUUCGGAUGGCGCUCCUCUACAAACCGGUCACUCUCCGCUUUGUCCCCUCUGAGCUCCACCAGACCCCAACCCUGAUGUACCAAUCCGACGUCGUUUCAGGCUCCGUCGAAGAAAUACUCUCCUACUUGGACUCCAAAUUCCCCGACCCUCCCCUCGCCGGAGCUGGCAGCACCAGCAGCACCAGCAGCAGCAUUUGGGGAUGGUGCGGCGAGGCGACACCGGUGGUGGUGUCGGUAGUGCUCCUGCAGCACCGGAGUAUGAUCUGGCACCUGGAGAGGAUGCUGAAAUGGGCGGAUGACCUGGCGGCGCGUGGUGGGAAGCUCCGCGGGGAUCCGUCGAUGGGGAGCCCGAGGAUGGAGGUGAAGAAGUUCGGGAAGAGCUACUCGCAGCUGCUGCAGGUGAUGCUGGAGCACGCGCAGAUGGAGGAGACCGUCCUCUUCCAGAUCCUCGAGGCCGCCGAUCGAGGAGUCUGCAAAACGGCUAAUGAAGAACACGCUCGGCACUUACCUAUAAUGAAUGGAAUCAAAGAAGAGAUUAAGACAAUAGGAGUGAUGAAUCCAGGCAGCCCUGAAUAUCAAGAGGCCUUUGCGAAUCUUUCCUCUCGGCUGAAAAGAUUAAAGGACAACUGCAGGCAGCACUUUGAAGAGGAGGAGAGGGAUCUGCUGCCAUUGCUGGAAGCCACAGAGCUUAACAAACCGCAGCAGGAGAGAGUGCUGCAGCAGUCUUUGGAUGCCAUGCGGGAGACCCAUUCUAACUUGUUUCGGUUUUUCAUGGAAGGUCUGAGCCCGCACGAUGCAAUGCAGUACUUGGACCUGAUCAAGAGAUACUGUGACAACGCCCGAGCGUCGCUCAUGCUCCAUAUGAUCGUUGGUGGAUGAUUAACAGAGCAGCAGGGGUUUGAUGAUCUGGUAAUUUCCACGAAUUUAAUCUUGUGAUGUGUUGAUUUCUGGUGGCCUUCUAAAUUUGCUUACAUUACUACAGUCAGUCCCAAGUGGUACAUUUCUAGUAUUGUUCUUGAAUCUUGGUUAUUGCAGGGUGGGGUAGGCUAGGUUAAGAUUGGUGAUUGUAAAUUUUUAACAGUUGUGAUGUAGUAGAAAACUGGGGUUGCUUAAGAUUAGAGUUGCUGAUUUAGAAUCUCACUUAUAAAGUUUUGCGUCAUGGCUUGAAUUACUUUCUUCCAAGUAAAGAUUGUUACCAUGAAAUCCAAUCCAUUUGGCCCUUUGUGGAUACCGUCUCUGUAACAGUUCUUAGGUGAGCCUGUGGUUGUCAUUUAUUGAGUGAUUUCAAUAAUACAAUAUGUGAUUCAUGAUGUAA